CAAUCCUCACUUCAUAUCAUUCUCUCCAAAAUUAGCCAUAGCCGCACAAACCCAAGGCCAUCCACCUAAAAUGAAUGAUCUGAUGACGAAAUCCUUCACGAGCUACGUGGAUCUGAAGAAAGAAGCCAUGAAAGACCUUGAUAUCGAAAUGGGCAUGUCUCAGAUCGACCACAACCUCUCCGCCUUCCUAGAGGAAGCGGAGAGGGUGAAAACGGAGAUGAACUCGAUCCGAGAAAUCCUUGUCCGGCUCCAGGAAUCCAACGAGGAGAUCAAAGCCCUCCACCAGCCCGGGGCUCUGAAGUUGGUGCGGGACAGGAUUAACGGCGACAUCAUGGCGGUCCUGAAGAAGGCGAGGGCGAUCAGAUCGGAGCUGGAGGGGAUGGACCGGUCCAAUGCCGCGAACCGGCGGCUCUCCGGCUGCAAGGAGGGCACACCGGUGGACAGAACGCGGCUGGCGGUGACCAACGGGCUGAGGAAGAAGCUCAAGGAGCUGAUGAUGGAGUUUCAGGGGCUGAGGCAGAGGACAAUGAGGGACUACAAGGAGACUGUCGGGAGGCGGUACUUCACCGUCACCGGAGAGCAAGCCGACGAAGAGGUCAUUGACAAGAUCAUCUCCACCGGAAACGGUGAAGAAUUUCUCUCCAGAGCAAUUCAGGAGCAGGGGAAGGGGAAGGUGAUGGAGACGGUGGAGGAGAUACAAGGGCGGCACGAGGCGGCGAAGGAGAUAGAGAGGAGCCUGCUGGAGCUGCACCAGGUGUUCCUGGACAUGGCGGUGAUGGUGGAGGCGCAGGGGGAGCAGCUGGACGACAUCCACCACCAGGUGAUGAAUGCCUCCCACUUCGUGGGGGAGGGGGCCAAGAGCCUCCACACCGCCAAGGAGCACCACAAAAGCAGCCGCAGGUGGAUGUGCAUCGGGAUGAUCAUACUUCUCUUGAUCAUCGCUCUCCUCGUCCUUGUCCCCAUCGCCACUAGCUUUGCCAAAUCUUGAGAGUUUUCAUUCAUCAUCAUCUGUUUUCUUUUAUUUCCGCCCGCCCAAAUGGUCCUUCCUCCCUUAGGACUUGUUUUAAACCCUGAUGAACAAACAAAUAUCCGCUGUGCUUCAUUUUCUUUCGAUGAGUGAAUUAAUGGCAUUUUUUCCU